GACCACCUCCGCCUCCUCCGCCGCGACCUCGCCCUCCCCGACGACUUCGAGCAGUCCGUCAUCCUCGCCCACCCCUCCCUCUUCCGCCUCGCCGUCUCCCCCGACGCCGACUCCCCCCGCUCCAAGUACGUCGAGUUCCUCCCCCACGACUCCGACCCCCCCGACCUCGCCGUCCCCGCCGUCCACCGCGCCCGCGAGCGCGAGUACCGCGCCGCCCGCGGCGCCGGCGCCGAGGAGGACGCCCGCUUCGCCUUCCCCAUCCGCUUCCCCCCCGGCUUCAAGAUCGGCAAGUUCUUCCGCAUCGCCGUGUGGAAGUGGCAGCGGCUGCCCUACUGGUCCCCCUACGAGGACGUGUCCGGCUACGACCUCCGCUCGCUCGAGGCCCGCCGGCGGAUGGAGAAGCGCGCGGUCGCGACGAUCCACGAGCUGCUCUCGCUCACCGUCGAGAAGCGCACGACGCUGGAGCGGAUCGCCCAGUUCCGGCAGGCGAUGGGACUCCCGAAGAAGCUCAAGGAGUUCCUGCUGCAGCACCAGGGGAUAUUCUACGUAUCGACGCGGGGGAAUCAGGGGCAGCUGCACACGGUGUUCCUCAGGGAGGCGUACUGGAAGGGCGAGCUGGUCGAGCCCAACGAGCUGUAUCUGGCGAGGAGGAAGUUCGACGAGCUGCUGCUGAUGAGCCCUCAAAAGGCCAACUUGGAGCGGAUGCUGACGAGUAUGGGCAGGGAAUGGAGAGAGGUGAGCGGCAAUGGCAGCGGCAGUAGCAGUGGCGGUGCUGUGAGUGGGGAUUUCAGAGAUGAUGAAGAUGAGGGCAGUGGCUCGGACUCGGGGGUUGAGUCUCAGUAUAUCGACUAAGGAAUGCCCGCUAACCCUUUGGUUAUGUAGGGCUCACUGAUCUGCCUUCUCGAAAGAGGAAGGCAAGAUGGCAAUUUGGUUCGAAGGGAUUUGUGAUUGCAAUGUGGAUUCGGAGGGAUCUCUUUUUAAUCAUUCUGAGGAGAUACGAGCAAAGUAACUCCUUCAGGUCGGAGUAAAUGGUUCGAAAUGGAACAGGGUAGCCACUCUCUUCUGCAAUGGACAAGAUUCAUGCCUGAGCAAGAUGCUUUCGUGUUUGACAAUUCAUCAUGAAACGGUCUAAUUGCUUCGACUAAGGAUUUCUGGGAUGGUGAAGACAAGGGAAGUGAUUUUGAAUCUCAGUUUAAUAAGGGAGCACUCACCAACUGUUUGGUUAAAUGGCUCAACCAUCUGUCUUUAAUGAGAAAGGCAAGAUAGCAAUUUUGGCUCAAAGGGAUUUCCAAUUGCAAUUUAGAUUAAUAUUUGAAGAGAAACAAGCAAGGAGCUCUUGAAGUUGGAGUAAAUAAUUUGAGAUGGAACUUGAGGGAUGCUACUCUUUUCUGUUUAUGCAUCAGAUUCAUGCCUCAAUAAGAUGCUCUGUUGGUGUCUUGUUUAAUAAUUCAUCAUGAAAUGGCCGAAUUGAUCUACUAUUAAGACUAAACUCUAGUUGGCAAAGACAUUGCUUGGGGGAUGCUAAUCAGGAGGAGGCUGUUGCACUAUCUUGCCGAGUACUUUUGCUUGGUUGCCAAAUGUUUUUGUAAGUUCGCUGGAACACCAAAUCAUAUUUAUCUCUUUUAUUGCUAAUUGAUGAGCUAAAGUUUUCUUAUCAAAUGAAUAACUUGCAAUAUUGUUGAUCCUUUUUAUUUAUUUCUUACUCAAAACUUACAGUUGCUCUGUGAAAUAUGUAUCCAUGCUUGGGUUUACAAGUACUUGAGCAUCAGUUUUCUAAUUGACUUGUUAUUCUUUGUGAGCUCAUCCACUUUCUAUCAGCAAUGAUAUUAUUGCUUCUUAGGA